UAGUCAUGCCUGUGGAUGUCUAUUUUGAUGCUCAGUGAGAUGGUUAGACUGUUGGGUACAGAACUAGUAUGCCAUGUACGUUUGACCGCUGUCAGUGUCCUACGGUUAGCCGUAGCUGUUAGCCUGCUAGCUGCUAACAUUAGCUGGAUGACAGAAGAGAGGCGUUAGCAUCGUUAGAACACCCAGGCUGACAGAUUCUCUCUUGUGCCUGCCUUCAAACAACUAAUCUUACCAUAUAGUUACUAAACGUCUUGUUAGGAUACGUUUGAAAAGCUCUCCUGAGGAUGUCUAUGAAUGAUGAGGGAUAUGUGGUUCGGAUCAGAGGACUCCCCUGGUCCUGCACACAGGAGGAGGUCGCCAGUUUCUUCUCUGACUGUGACAUCGUUGGGAAAGUAAACGGAGUAUGCUUUACCUACUCUAAAGAAGGCCGUCCCAGUGGAGAGGCAUUUAUUGAGUUGAAAAUGUCUGAGGAUUUCAAGAAUGCUCUCUCCAAGGACCGUAAAUACAUGGGACACCGAUACAUAGAGGUGUUCAAGUCGAACCGUAGUGAGAUGGACUGGGUGCUGAAACGCAGCGGUCCUGCUGACUAUGACAGCUGCAGCGGCUGCAUGCUGCGGCUCAGAGGCCUCCCCUUCGGCUGCAGCAAGGAGGAGAUUGUUCAGUUCUUCUCAGGGUUGAGAAUCGUGCCAAAUGGGAUUACUCUGCCAGUGGACUACCAGGGGAGGAGCACAGGGGAAGCCUUCGUGCAGUUUGCCUCAAAGGAGAUAGCAGAAAAGGCUCUGGGGAAACACAAGGAAAGAAUAGGGCACAGGUACAUAGAGAUUUUUAAGAGCAGUCGUAAUGAGAUCAGAGCCUACUACGAGCUGCCCAGACGAGGGAUGGGGGCCCAGAGGCCGGGGCCCUACGACAGACCCAUGAUGGGGGGCCCCAGAGGAGGGUUCUUUGGGCCCGGGCCUGGCCGAGGUGGGGCUCUGAUGGACACCAUGAGGAGCGGAGGGUGCUAUAGAGGAGGUUACGGUGAAUUUGACAGCUACAACGGUUUCAACAACUACUGCUUUGACAACGGCAUGUUUGAUGAGCGAGUGAGAGGAGAGAGAGGAGGAAGAGGGAUGGGAGGCCACGGUUACGGUGGUCAAGGUGAUGUUGGUUCAGGAUUCCACAACGGCCAUUUUGUUCACAUGAGGGGCUUACCUUUCCGUGCCACAGAGGGAGACAUCGCUAAAUUCUUCUCUCCUUUGAAUCCGCUGAGGGUCCACAUCGAUGUGGCUCCUAACGGAAAGUCGACUGGAGAAGCCGAUGUGGAGUUUCACUGCCAUGAAGACGCUGUGGCAGCCAUGUCCAAAGACAAGAACCACAUGCAACACCGCUACAUCGAGCUGUUCCUUAAUUCAACAGCCAGUGGCGCAGCUGAAAUGGGUCGUGGUGGUGGUUACUACGAUAACGUAGGAGGGGGCGGAGGCUCACGGGGCAGCGGGAUACGAGGUUCAUACUGAGGAUGUGAUCCCACUCUUCUAAUCCAUCCUGACGUGUGUGUCUUCAGGCCACAUUUACUCCAUUUCUUUUUUAAGCAGGAGAGCUGAUUUGAAGUCAGUGGCUUGUUUUAAUUUUGAGGUUGUAUUAAAACCUGUUGAUACGAGAACAGAGCAGAUAAGACCUCAACAAGCACUGUUAUAAAACACGUCUUAAGAGCAAAAGAGGAACAAUGCUGCCUUUUAAUGGUCAGAUGUCGGAGCCGUUGUUGGCACUUAAUGAGGUUAAUUACUCUAAUAGGAGAUCUCUUGUUCAAUUAGAAAAUGGAAUAUUUUUUCUUGAUCCGCAUUAAAUGCCAUCUUUUUUUUAGCUGUCUGAUUAAGAGAACUUAAACAACAUUUUAUUUUCCCAUAGUUAUGAAAGACUAUUUAAAGGAGGAAACUGCGUUGCAGUUUGAGUUAUAUAGGUGGAAAGCACUUUACUUUGUCUUGUUUCAAUGAAGGCAGGAGAUAUGGUCGGAUGGAGACACAAACAGCUGUUGAGUUAAAUAGGUUGAUGAAAACGUUUUGAUUUGUUGGGUGUGAUGACGCUCUUUAGGAGGUAGAGCAGUUAGAAGCAAUCUCAAAACAUUACCAAUGUCUUUAGGGAAGAAGUUCUGUUAACCAUUUUAAAAUCAGUUUAUUUUGAGCAUCCUGUUCUAUGCGGAUUCAAACCGGACUUUAGAUCAGCUUCCCUGCUCUGAAAAGUUGUUCAGUGUGAGCCAGUGUGUUUUUUAUGAAUGUUUUCACAGUUCAUUACAGAAUUUCAAACUAAGUUGAAUAUUAUAUUCCACAAGGUGGAAGUAAAAUAAAAAAACUCUAUAUUUGAGCUGUAUAAAAGCUUAAGCAGCUGUUGUACAUUUUGCGUAAUAAAUUUUAUAUUUAAUUGUC